CUAGUAGCUACUGCAAAGAAGCUAGUCAAUCUCUUGUCGCACAAUACCGGACUCGCGGAAGUGAUGACCGCAAUUUCCAUACCUUUGAGAAAAUUUCUUGUGCAGCUAACACAAUUUUGGUUUCGUCUAACUCUUGAGUUCGACUAUCUAUCAAAUUAUAUGUGUGACUGGAAAGAAGUCCAAGAGAAGUUGCCUAUCCCGAGAAUUGAACAUGUGAAACUCACG